UCAGUAGCCAGGGAACAGUCUGCCAGGAUCUCCACUCGUGGCCACCGCCCAGCACACACUUCACCUGACCCCUAUGGCACCAUCUAUUGGUAGGGGGCCUACAGGAGGAAAACUUCUGCACAAUCUUGUCAAAUUUGAAUAGUUUUUAGCAACAGUCAGUUAAUGAUUUUGGUAAUAAAGAAAUGUGUUCACAGAGCGAGGAAGAGGAGUGCUGUUUGUGAGGAGGAGCAGCUGUCCUGCUGUGCUUUGUGUCAGGAUGUCCUGAAGGAUCCAGUCUCUACCAGCUGUGGACACUGGUUCUGCAGACAGUGCAUCUCCUCAUACUGGGACCAGUCUGCUUCAUCAGGAGACUCGUCCUGUCCCCAGUGUGGAGAAAGAUCCAGAAGCAGAGCUGGACUGCAGACAGCCAGUCAGAGCAGCUGUGUACAAACAGAUGUUGGUCUGCAGGAGGUUUUAGAUGAACAUAAGAUCAGUCUGAGGAGGAGAUGUGAACGUGUGACUGAAGGAAGUGAUGAAACAGGAAGUAGAACCCUCCUCAACAGGAUCUACACUGAGCUCUACAUCACAGAGGGACAGAGUGAAGAGGUUCAUACCCAACAUGAGGUGAGGCAGCUGGAGACAGCUUCCAAGAUGGACGCCCUCCAUGACGCUCCAAUCAGGUGCCAGGACAUCUUUAAAGCCUUCCCUGACCAACAGAGACCCAUCAGAGUGGUUCUGACCAACGGCGUGGCUGGUGUUGGAAAAACCUUCUCAGUGCAGAAGUUCACUCUGGACUGGGCAGAGGGCUUGGAGAACCAACAUGUCAGUGUGGUGGUUCUGCUUUCAUUCAGGGAGCUGAACCUGAUCAGAGAUGAGCAGUACAGUCUUCUGGAGCUGCUCCAUGUUUUCCAUCCAACAUUACAGAAGGUCACAGCAGAGAAGCUGGCUGUCUCUCAGCUUUUGUUCAUCUUUGACGGCCUGGAUGAAAGCAGACUUUCAUUGGAUUUCACCAACAGGAAGCUGCUGUCUGACGUCACACAGAAGUCAUCAGUCAGCCAGCUGCUGACAAACCUCAUCCAGGGGAAUCUGCUUCCCUCGGCUCUCGUCUGGAUAACUUCCCGACCCCCAGCAGCCAAUCAGAUCCCUCCUACAUGUGUCGACAGGCUAACAGAAGCACGAGGCUUCACUGACGCCCAGAAGGAGGAGUACUUCAGGAGGAGAUUCAGUGAUGAAGAGCUGUCCAGCAGAAUCAUCUCCCACAUGAAGACAUCCAGGAGCCUCCACAUCAUGUGUAGUAUCCCAGUCUUCUGCUGGAUCACUGCUACAGUUCUGGAGCACAUGUUGACUACAGAGCAGAGAGGAGCGCUGCCCAAGACCCUGACUGACAUGUACUCACACUUCCUGCUGGUUCAGACAAAGAGGAAGAAGAACAAGUACCAUGAGGGACAUGAGACGAGUCCACAGGAGCUGACGGAGGCUGACAGGGAAGUUCUUCUGAAGCUGGGGAGGCUGGCGUUUGAACAUCUGGAGAAAGGAAACAUCAUGUUCUACCAAGAAGACCUGGAGCAGUGUGGUCUGGAUGUGACAGAGGCCUCGGUGUACUCAGGAGUUUGUACAGAGAUCUUCAAAAGAGAGUGUGUGAUCUUCCAGAAACCAGUCUACUGCUUUGUUCAUCUGAGCAUUCAGGAGUUUCUGGCUGCAGUCUACAUGUUCCACUGUCACACCAGCAGGAAUACAAAGGUGCUGAAGAACUUCCUGGAAAAUAAACCACUUGAUCCUUACUAUUACAUUUCAUUUUCAGAUGAUUUGUUGAGGAGAACCAUAAACAAAUCCCUCCAGAGUAAAAAUGGCCACCUGGACCUGUUUGUUCGCUUCCUUCAUGGCCUCUGUCUGGAGUCCAACCAGAGACUCUUAGUAGGUCUGCUGGGUCAGACAGAGAUCAGUCCAGAAACCAUCCAGAGAGUCAUCAACAACCUGAAGGACAUGAACAGUAAUAAAAUCUCUCCUGACAGAAGCGUCAACAUCUUCCACUGUCUGAUGGAGAUGAACGACCUCUCAGUACAUCAGGAGAUCCAAGAGUUCCUGAAGUCCAAGAACAGAUCAGAGGAACUCUCUGAGAUCCAGUGCUCAGCUCUGGCCUUCAUGCUGCAGAUGUCAGAGGAGGUUCUGGAUGAGUUGGACCUGCAGAAGUACAACACAUCACAAUGGGGACGACUGAGACUGAUUCCAGCUGUGAGGAACUGCAGAAAGGCUCGACUGGCUGAGUGUGGACUCUCAGAGUCUCACUGUGAAGUUGUGGCCUCAGCUCUGAAGUCCAACCCCUCCCAUCUGACAGAGCUGGACAUGAGUGAGAACAAGCUGCAGGAUUCAGCAGUGAAGCUUGUGUGUGCUGGACUGGAGAGUCCAAACUGUCGACUGGAGACUCUGAGAUUGAUGGAUUGUGGUUUGUCAGAGAUCAGCUGUGAUUAUCUGGCAGCAGCACUGAAGUCCAACCCCUCCCAUCUGAGAGAGCUGGACCUGAGUGAGAACAACCUGCAGGAUUCAGGAGUGAAGCAUCUGUGUGGUUUCCUGGAGAGUCCAGGAUGUGGACUUGAAACUCUGAGAUUGAGGAGCUGUGGUUUGUCAGAGAUCAGCUGUGAUUAUCUGGCAGCAGCACUGAAGUCCAACCCCUCCCAUCUGAGAGAGCUGGACCUGAGCUCCAACUACAAGCUGCAGGAUUCAGGAGUGAAGCAUCUGUGUGGUUUUCUGGAGAGUCCAGGAUGUGGACUUGAAACUCUGAGACUGAGUCACUGUGACCUGUCAGAGAGAAGCUGUGAAGCUCUGGCCUCAGGUCUCAGCUCUCAGACCUCUAAUCUGAGACAGCUGGACCUGAGUAACAUUAACCUGAAGGAUUCAGGCGUGAAGCUUCUGUCUGAAGGACUGAAGAGUCCACGCUGUACACUGGAAACUCUCAGUCUGUCAGGCUGUCUUAUAACAGAGGAAGGCUGUACUUCUCUGGCCUCAGCUCUGAGCUCCAACCCCUCCCAUCUGAGAGAGCUGGACCUGAGCUACAAUCAUCCAGGAAACUCAGGAAUGCAGCUGCUGUCGGCUGGACUGAAGGAUCCAGGCUGGAGACUGGACACUCUCAGGGUGGAGCCUGCUGGAGUCCGAUGGUUGACACCAGGUCUGAGGAAGUAUUCCUGUCAACUCACAAUCGACACAAACACAGUGAACACAAACCUCCAACUGUCUGACAACAACAGGAAGGUGACACAUGUGGAGGAGGUUCAGUCAUAUCCUGAUCAUCCAGACAGAUUUGAUGUUCCUCAGCUGCUGUGUAGAAAUGGUCUGACUGGUCGCUGUUACUGGGAGGUCGAGUGGAGAGGAUACGUUUAUAUAUCAGUGAGUUACAGAAGAAUCAGAAGGAAAGGAGGCAGAGACUGUUGGUUUGGAUACAAUGAUCAGUCCUGGAGUUUGUUCUGCUCUGAUGAUGGUCCUCGUACUGUCUGGAACAAUAACAGACCAAUAUCCAUCUCCUCCUCCUCCUCCUCCUCUGUCUCUAACAGAGCAGCAGUGUAUGUGGACUGUCCUGCUGGCACUCUGUCCUUCUACAGAGUCUCCUCUGACACUCUGAUCCACCUCCACACCUUCAACACCACAUUCACUCAAACUCUUUAUCCUGGGUUUAUGGUCUGGUCUCGUGGUUGCUCAGUGUCCCUGUGCUGA